CAGAUCUCCUUGUGUGGGGAAGGCUAUAGGCAAAUCCCUCGAAGUAAACUGCAGUAAACACAAAGGUGCAGCUUAUCACACCCGUGUUGUACAUUGAGCGUGAAUCCUCCACAUGAAAGUCAACACAAGGUGAGCUGGUUGGCCGACUAUGACGAGGAGUGUUGAGAUGAGAGGAUCGGAACUCUACUCGGGAUGAUCGGCGUUGGACAGGCGUCGGGACAGACUUAUUCAGGUUCAGUCUCGUGCUCGGCAGACGGGACACAUAAUGAAGUGAACCGACUCAGUGGAUUGAUUAUUACCUGUGUGUUGGAUUAAUACGAGAACCAAUGUGAUUAUAAGGCACAGCGGCUUAGAUCUUUCGUAAACUGAUGUUUGACAAGUGAUACGAUCAGUGGCUCGUGAUUAGUUUGGAAGGGGACGGCAGCUAUGAUGUUGCUGAUCUGAAGAGUUACAGAUGAUGAUAAGUGUGUGGUAUUUCAGGGCCACAAAGUAACUGCUUUCAUUAAAAAAGAUAGGAAUCUGUCAUCAGAGCCUUGAAAACCAUCCACGGUUGGUUGAAAAUUUGAAUGCACUGAGCUGUAGUCGUGACGCAGCGCAAACGUGGAGGAGAAAGGAGUUGUUGUGUACGGUGAAGGGAUUAUUGUUCGUUAUUUUGUACAAGUUGUGAUCAACAGUGUGAUCGGUGGAGUUACAACUCAACAACUGUUACAACAACUGGACUCCUGAUAUAGACAGAAGGAGUGCAGAGACCUCCUUCAGCCUGGAUUACACCACAAUCAACUAAUAGUCCAUGGAAUACCACCAGCACAAAAUGAAAGAGUUAAACUCGUGUGGAGCAGAAAAUCUCAAGGUACAUCGAUCUGUUGCUGCAAUCAACCGACGUAAUUUGGAACAGUUUCUUGUUUGCUGAUGUGCAAAAAAUCAGAUCAUUUGCAAUUUCGGGAGUUGAAAUAGCCGUUUUGAAGGUGCUGAUGACUGGAAUCGGUUCGAGUGGUCAAGAAUAAUAUAUCAAUUUCGCCGUGACAGUUAAUGUGAAUUGUUGUAUGUAGUAGACGCCGUUUGUGACAGGGAGGCAAGUCUAGCAAGUUAUUCACAAGUGUAUGUCGGACGCAGGAAUUUUCGACCAAUGACUAGGAUCCACUAAUGAGCUUUUAAGCCAUCAGCCUACAACUUAAUGGAGAGUUAAUAAUACUAAUGUUAUACCAAUAAUGGCACCGGUGAAAAAGGUGUCUGUGAAAGCUUGGUUCCAGGAUAUGUUCUCUAUCGUGCUAUAAUGGUCAGUUGGCGGAUACGGAUAUUACCUUUGGACGUUCUGGUCAGUCUGGCGGCGCUAUCAUUGGUAGCCACAGAACACAACAAGAACCAUGUUCCCCAGCAUCGCAGGCACAAGUACGAGCACAGGGAACCGGAGUACGUUGGACCGAUGUACAAGCGGCCUCCCAUCAAGGAUUCUGUGUAUUUGACCCGCAAUCAGACGACUGUGAAUGUCAGGAUGGGGCACACGGCACAUCUUCCCUGUGUGGUGCAGCACCUGGGGACCAAGCAGGUGUCAUGGUACCGCCAGCAUGAAGAGCACAUCCUGACGAUCGGUGACAUGACCUGGGUGAGGAACUCCAACAUCAUCGUGGACUACCGCGAGUUUGACAACGACGUUACCCACUGGAACCUCAGCAUCUCAAAAGCACAGCCUGAAGAUGAAGGGACAUACAUCUGUGAAAUUAUAGAUAAAAAGAAACAAAUACUCCACGUUCGACUGCGAGUGUUAGAUCCACCCGAUUAUAGACCAGAAAUUCAAAUAUAUGGAAAGGAAUAUGUGGAUUUAGGCGAGGAAGUGCGAUUGAUUUGUAAUGCCACAGGAGGCGAUUUAAUCCCGGAGGACAUUGAUUGGUUUAAGGACGGGGAUAUUGUGGACUCCACGAGAUUUCGAAAUGUCAUAAUAACUAAAUAUCGGUCUCUUAAGGACCAGGCUUUAGUGAGUGAGUUAAUUAUCGACAGGAGUCGAGGAGAGGACUCAGGGACGUAUAUUUGUCGGAGUUCUGAGAAUCUUAUAGACAGCAUGGAGGUUACCGUUCUUGUUGAGCCCACCGCAAACUCCUCCAAUGUGAAAAGAGGUUCUGGCUCGGGGUCCCAGCAUGCUCGAUCGGAACACCCAUUCAACAAGGCAGCACUGCACCUUAGCAGCAGUCUCAACAUGGCCACAAUAGUUGCUAUAGCAACCAUUGGUUUCCUGCAACUCUGGAACUCAUGACAGUUGGACUUUCCAUGAUCAGAGAUGUAUAAUACUCAGAACUAUAUUUGAGAUUAAAGGGAGGCCUCUUUGCUUUAAAGCAACAAGAAAAGGGAGACAAGUCAAAAGACACAGGUUCUGGAACAACUGUGAAAUGCUUGUUUCCUGUUAUUAGUACAGAUUGAAAAGUGACUGUUUUAACAGAGGAAACAUGAAACAAAAUGUGAACUAGUGACGAAGUAGAUGUACCUUUACAGGAGAAGACCUGGAAAGGGAGACAACUUUCAUUACAAGCAUUCAGGGGAGAUAAUGCAAAGAAUUCAGGGGAGAUAAUGGAUUUUGUUCCUUGAGUGCCAGGUGCAAAGGAAUUAAAGCUUACUGAUUCGUAAGCAUUACGGAAAAGUGGUCAACAUAUUCUUUGAAAUAUAUAAGUAAUAAACCUGAUUUCAUAUAUGAUCCGAUGACAUGUUGAGCAGAAGUACACGCUGCAUCAAUAAAUAUGAUAGCAUGAAUAUGGACACCAUAUUAAUAUCUGUCAGGAUGAAGAUUGUGAAAUACAAAGAAAAUAGCUCAUAUUUUUUCAUCUAGCGUAGCUAUCAGUGUGUUGAUGAACAAUAAAUCUCUUGGAACAUGACAUUUCUAUAUGAAAUAGAAUGUAUUGAGAACAUAAGUUGAUUAAUGGAGCAGUAUACGAUGAACCGUCGGGGACAACUAGAUGGAUAAUGGGGAACUGAUAACAAAGCUGGAAACGAUUGAGCAAAACUGCACAUUGAAAAUGUCCAAUGAUGAAGAGUUUCAAACUUCCAACUGCCAAGACAGACAAUAUUUCUGGAAACAAUAUUCUCUUUUUCCCCUGUUGAAUUUCAAUCAUGUGAAAGAUGUUGAUCUUCCUGUGCUGUUUGAUUGAAACUUUUCUGACGGUUGACAUUUCAGUUGUGAAGUUUGUAAUCAACUCUUUGUAUUGAUUAAUCUUCAUGAAGCUGUUUUUAAUGGUAUUGUUUGAUUGGUGAAUAUUUUAUUGAGGAUAAAUGUUUAAGAUGCAUAAUUACAUUUUAAUGUUAAAUUACGUUUUAGGGUAUUUUCAAGUUUAAUUUGACAAAAUUCACAGAAAUGUUGCUGUUUAUCAAUUGUUUGUUACUUUUAAUAUUUGUAGUAUUAUGUUUUGUAAUGUUUUCCAAUAUUUUGCUCAGGUAUGGUAGAUGUUACACUAUCAAACCUCAAUAUAUUUUCAUUUAUUGAAGUUGUAUAGAAAACAGUAAAAUAUAUUAGUUACAGUUUUGAUUAUUACUAUUUGAAAAGAAGAAAUAAUUUGAUGGAACUUGUACAGAUAGGUACACUUGACUGAGUUCAGUUAAACUUUCAGUUGAAGUUUGAGUAUGUCAAAUGCAGUAUUAUACUGUAUGAAACUUGUAAGAAUGACACAUCUCAAAAGAAGAUGUCCAAAUUAUAUUUUAAUAUAAAUGUUCCCACGUUUUGUACAGCCCUGGCACAGUGAAUAUGAUGUACAUAACCGAGCUAGAGCAAGCUCCAGCACCGACACCUCUGUCUGUGCAUGUGUCUUCAACGAUGUUGUAGCAUAAUUUGACUGUAAUAAUUUGACAUUUGUAAAUAUACCAUGUUAAUGAGUACAUUUUGUAAACCCUUAUUUAUUUAGAAAAAAGUGUGUAUAUUUUCCAAACAUUAGCUAGUUGAUAGAUCAGCAUUUGUUAAAGUGCUCCUUUUCUGAAAUGUAUGCUUGGAAAGAACAGCAACCAUGAUGAAAGCUAUAAAGAAUAAUGAUACUCUUAAUGUGAAUUAUGAACAUAUAUGAUUAUGGAUAUUCAUAUUUGAUUACACUCAGUUAAGCAUGUGUUAGGUUACUGACACACAGUAUACACAGCUUUGCAAUAUUUAGUAUUCCUGUCUUAAACAUAUAAGAUGUGAGCAUGCAAACAGUAUUUUGAUACAAAAAUAGUUGCUUAAGUGUCCUGUGCAUAAGGGAGUGAGUUAACAAAUAUUUACUAGAUAUCAACCUUCUAUUGGUAAAUAUUAAAUUUCUAGUUUCAUGAAAAUGCAAAAAAUGAUAAAAUUAAUAUUUUCAAUUUGCAAAACAAACAAAUAUUUUUGGUGAUCUAACAUCUAACCACUUAAAAUGUUUGAAAUGUACACAUAUUUUCCACAGAAAUUAUAUACUGUUAAUUGAUCUAUUGUGACAAUAUCUUUUUGAAUGAUUUUAACUUUCAAUCCAGUGUUUUAGUGAAGAUGCUAAGGAUGAAGGAAGUGCUUAUUUUGAUCAUAUUCUGUUGAAGCAGUAGUUAUUUUUCGAACUUUAUUCCACUUCAUUCUGAAGUCAGUGUAUGAAAUGAGAGAUAAUAAAGACACGUAAUUUGAGAACCAAAGAAUCAUUUAAUCAAAUACUGAGCUUAAAAACUCUUCAUAAUGCUGAAAACACUGUGGGGAACUAUCUCAUACGUAUCAUCAUGGAACUAAAGCAUAAACCCUUUGUACAAAAUGUAAUAUACUGAGAGAAACAAAUAAAGGAACACAGGAAAAUUCAAGUGUUCCUUUAAUAUUUUCCAGUUUUCAU